AUGGCCAACCACCAAGCCCUCUUUAACACCAACGACAUCCGUGACUGGACUAAGCCACAGCUCGAGCACUCCAAGGCGUUUAGGAAUAAUUUCCCUUCGACCAACUACCCCCUCGGGAUCAACUUUUCAGACUACGACAAGAGCAAGAAUAUCCGUCUCAAGUCGUACUUUGAUAGUGUAGAGUUCAAUGGCAAGGACGACUCGUUCACGUCUAAAUGCCACCUUGACGCUUGGUACGAUUCGGUCAUGUACGCUGCGGGAUGCACCUGGUUUCCCAUCUUCAACGAUCGUGACUUUCAGUCUGGCAUCGCGUCCGUGAAGCCUUCGCAAGAGUACACGACCAUUGACGUCAAAUUCGAGAACGAAUACGCGUCUGCGCCCAAAGUAGUCUGCUGGCUUCGUGCGUUCGAUCUUGACAAGGGCGGCGACUGGCGUAUCGACGUGACUCCUACCGAUGUCACCACCAAGGGCUGCAAGCUCAAGUUCCGCGUCUGGGGAACUACCAAAGCAUACUGGAUCGAGGCAUCGUGGAUAGCCCAUCCCACAGAUCGUUCGCACAUUGAAUCUGGUUCGUUCGACACCCAAGAGCAACGUGACUGGCAAAAGCCUCAGCACGAGCAUCAAAAGAAAGUCACCUUUUCGAAGAAGUUUACCCGUCCACCUGUUGUCUACUACGCGAUUAGUCGGAUCGACGAGACUAACAAGGGUAAUUUGAGGGUGAAGGCAUAUGUAAAGGACGUUACCGCCCAGGGUAUGACGUGCCAUCUUGACUCAUGGCACGAUACCGUAAUGUACACAACAGUCGGGCAGUGGAUUGCGAUUCAAAAAUACUAG